UAUUUUGGUCUUAAAAAAGAGAAAAUCAAUAAACAAUUAUAUUAAAAAUUGUCAUAGUCAAAAUAUGGAAUAAUUUUAUAUUUUUUUUAGUUUAUAUUAUCUUACCAAUGAAUAUAAAUAGUGCAGUAAAAACAUCUUUUUCUACAGUGUGAAGACGACACCUGGUAAUUAGAAUUUAUAUUAGGAUAGCAAAAUAGCACGUAGCUUUAUGUUGUCUGAUACCUUCGAGUAGUGUCUGCUGUUCAGUUACAUCGCAUCGAUUAUCAUUAUGGCAAGUGAUAACAACAUGCCAGUUAACAGCAAGUUCGCUCUUCCUGUGAGCAGUGAUGAAAAUUUGAGUGUGUUAUCAAUCAUAUACAGAUUUUUUAAAAAGGUUUCAAUAGUGGGAGCGGUGUACCUGGUGGGUUAUAUGCAAUGGAGUGUGGCGUGGCUGCUGGGACCGGUUGUGUUGUCUGUGAUGAGGGACCAGUGGAGACGAGACAGCGAGUACCGUCGCAACCUAGCCAAGACAGCUGCCCUCUCCUCAGAAAAGGACAUCGUACUGGCCAAGCUUGAUGACCUACCGGCUUGGGUGUUUUUCCCAGACGUCGAAAGAGCGGAAUGGUUGAACAGGAUAUUGCUUCAAGUGUGGCCUAAUGUGAACCACUACGCCAGGACUCUUCUGAAGGACACCAUUGAGCCAGCCGUGGCGGAGAGCCUCGCCAACUUCAAGCUUAACGGUUUCAAGUUCGAGCGCAUGAUCCUCGGUACCAUUGCGCCGCGUGUUGGAGGCGUCAAGGUCUAUGAUAAGAACCUCUCGAGGGAUGAAAUCAUCAUGGACGUGGACCUAUUCUAUGCCGGCGACUGUGAUAUAUCAUUCGUCCUACAGCGUAUACGAGGUGGAAUCAAAGAUCUACAGAUCCAUGGCAUGGUUCGCGUGGUGAUGAAGCCCCUCAUCAGUAAGAUGCCGCUGGUGGGAGGGUUGCAGGUGUUCUUCCUCAACAACCCCUCCAUAGACUUCAACCUGGUGGGUGCGGCCGACGUACUCGACAUGCCCGGCUUUAGCGACAUCUUACGUCGUUGCAUCGUCGAACAAAUAUCAAGAAUGAUGGUGUUACCCAACAAGCUGCCCAUCAAAUUAAGCGAUGAGAUACCCACGGUCGACUUGAGGAUGCCGGAGCCAGAGGGUGUCCUCAGAAUUCAUUUGGUGCAAGCCCAGAAUCUCAUGAAGAAGGAUGUCUCCAUGUUGGGCAAGGGCAAGUCUGAUCCGUACGCUAUAAUAACAGUUGGGGCUCAACAGUGGAAGACAAAGCACAUUGACAACAACAUCAACCCUAGAUGGGAAUUCUGGUGCGAGGCUAUAAUAAGCUCGAGAAAGAGCCAGGUGCUGCAGUGCGAGCUGUGGGACUGGGACCCGGGGAUGGGCAUUCAGAACGAUGAUUACCUCGGCAGAUGUUCCUUAGAUAUAUCUCAAGUUGUCCGUGCUGGACGUUUGGACACGUGGCAAACACUGCAACAGGCUAAGACCGGUAAGGUACAUUUGCGUCUAUCGUGGCAUCGCUUUUCCACUGACUUGUUGGAUCUCAGCCAUGCUCUAACAUCGACUCAACUGGUAAAGAACGCUGAACUGAGUUCGGCAGUUCUAUCCGUCUACAUCGAUUCUUGCAAACAUUUGCCUAACGCUCGUGCACAGUCCCGUCCUGAUCCAUACCUCGUGGUAACGGUUGGCAAGAAGAGUGAGAAUACUGGAGUACAAAUGAGAACAGACAGCCCCGUCUACGAAAUCGGAUACUCCUUCUUGGUACAGAACCCUGAGAUUGAUGUACUGGAAAUAAAGGUCCUCGAUCAAAAGACAGGAAACCAGCUAGGAAUGCUGAGCUACGGCAUAUCAGCGCUUUUGAAAGAAAAAAAUUUUACUAUGUUGAAUCAACCGAUGAACCUACAAAAAUCUGGCCCCGAAUCUAAAAUCAUCAUUGCGGCUCAAUUGAAGAUCCUUAAAGAGGCUGUCAAGGAAGAGGACUUUGAUGAAGAAACAGUUUCCGUGGCAAGCGAACCAUCGGAUGACCGCACUGAGGACAAAAAACCGGAUCCACCGAGCACGGAAAGCACGGCUGUUGCACCAGCUGUUCCAUCGAACACGGAUCUGAAGAAUAUGGAAGACACUCCCCCAGCUACCGACACUAUCGACAAUAACUCCGAAAAAUCUAUCCCCGUCGAACAAAUUAUAAAGGAAGUUGAUGUACCUCAAGAGAGUCAAGCGCCGUCUGAACGUGAUUCACCAAAAUUAAUUCACAGGACCUCUUCAAUAACGACAUCAGCUGGCGAGGCUGGACUUGGGAGGAUUCUGUUAUCUCUACGUUACAGCAUGCAGAAUCAAACAUUAUAUGUUGUUGUACACAAGAUAAUGAAUAUACCCCUCAAGGACCCCACCAAUGUCCCGGACCCAUAUGUUAAACUAUACCUGCUACCUGGUCGAUCUAAGGAUUCCAAACGCAAAACUGUGGUUGUGAAAGACAAUUGUAUGCCGGAGUAUGACGAACAGUUUGAGUGGAGCAUCCCGCUGGCUGAGCUUCACUCCAGACAGUUGGAGGUGACCGUCGCCACGCACAAAGGAUUCCUCGGUGGAAGUCCUGUUAUAGGACAGGUAAUAGUUCACCUGAACCAGUAUGACUUCCGGGAAGCAAAGACUUGGUUUGAUCUUCUGCCUGAAACUUCACCGAGAGAGUAGAAUUUAAGAAUUUAUAUUAACAUUUAAUAAAUUACUAAUGCUUAUGAAGGAGAGAUCUGUUAAAUGCACUCGCAUAUUAGCUUAUUGUGACACCAUUGUAUUUUCGAAUAACAAAUUGUUUUUAUAUUGAAAUGUACUAGAUAGCUAUUUAUAUUUACUUGGUGUUGAAUCUUAAAGUAUAUUUUAUUAUGUGUUGAUGUUAAAACCAUGUUGUAACUGUUUUGGAAUUGGUUACUUAAUGAAUGAAACUGAUGCUUAUGAAAAAAAUCAACCAAACAUAUUUAAGCCUUGUUUAUGCUUUUUUUAUUUAUAUUAAAGGAACAUAUAAGACA